CAGCACAAGAACUGUUUGAGCAUUGGACCGAAAUAAUAAAUAUAGCAAAAGAUUUGUUAGUAAACACUCAAGAAAAACAAAAUGUUCAAGCCAAUAAAAAGCAAUGUUAUUUAGAAUUAAAUGAAGAAGAUUUAGUAUUAUUGAAUUCGACAAAUAUAAUUUCACAAAAAAGUGCAAAAAGGGCAUCAAAGAAACUUAUCGCAAAACUCAUAGGACCCUUCAAAAUCUUUAGAGAUGAAGUAAGAAAAGAACCUCCAGAAAUUGCAACCAAAGAUCCAGAAGAACACGAAAAAGAUCACCCACUAUAUGAUGCUACUUGGGAACCCUUGACUAAUCUUGAAAAUUACAAAGACUUGGUAAAAGAGUUUGAAAAAACUGGUGAAACUGUUUUAAAUAGAGGAGAGUGUAAGGGAACCAUCGGGUUACAUAGUACUAUGCACAUAUCGUGUAAUGAACAUGACUACCCAAUUUGGAUGGGUUUCAUGUAA